CCAGCCCAAUAGACUGAUGAGUUAUUGUCAUGUAAAAAAGCGCUAGCAAUAAGACCAAACGCUUUGCUAUUGUCCAAGCGGAAAGAGCCAAGUUUAUUAUGAGGACUAUAUGCUCUAGAGACCUCGGGCUAGGCGGCUCUUAGGGGGCUUUUCAUAAAACAGGGCUAGGUUCCUAUAAAGGAGGCCAGUUUUGGAGCAGGCGCUGAGCAGUGAACAUCUACCCACCGUCCAGCCUCUUUUUUUUUCCAACCAGUUCAAACCAAACAAGUCCUCUCUGCCCCCCCAGUUCAGACCGCGCGUCCUCCUCACUUUGGUAUUUAUUAUUUUUUUUACUUCCUAACCCAUUUUUUUUUUUGGGUGGUAGUUUUUGUUUUUUGUUUUCCCGGGAAGUGCAGCUUUCUAACUCAACCGAGCCUUCUCAAAUGUAUAAAAUGGAGUAUUCUUACCUAAAUUCCUCUGCCUACGAGUCAUGUAUGGCCGGGAUGGACACCUCGAGCUUGGCAUCGGCCUACGCGGACUUCAGUUCGUGCAGCCAGGCCAGCGGGUUUCAGUACAAUCCCAUCAGGACCACUUUCGGGGCCACCUCCGGCUGUCCGUCUCUCACGCCGGGCUCCUGCAGCCUGGGGACCCUACGGGACCACCAGAGCAGCCCGUACGCCGCAGUUCCCUACAAACUGUUCACGGAUCACGGCGGACUGAACGAGAAGAGGAAGCAGAGGCGCAUCCGGACCACGUUCACCAGCGCCCAGCUGAAGGAGCUCGAGAGGGUUUUUGCUGAAACGCACUACCCGGAUAUCUACACCAGAGAGGAGCUGGCACUCAAAAUCGAUCUGACUGAAGCCAGAGUGCAGGUGUGGUUCCAAAACCGGCGUGCCAAGUUCCGCAAGCAGGAGCGCGCAGCUGCAGCGGCCGCAGCAGCAGCCAAGUCCAACUCUGGGAAAAAGUCGGACUCCAGAGAUGACGACAGCAAAGACACCAAAUCUACCGACCCCGACAGCACAGGAGGACCGGGACCGAACCCCGUCCCCACCUCCAACUGCGGCGGACCGAGCCCCACCGGAGGACAGGUCAACACCACCGGAAACGGACAGGUGGUGGACCAGGUGAAGACCUCCGUGUCGACCGGCAUGGGCGUGACAGCACCGAGCCAAGGCUGGGCCACCGCCCCGGGAGGCAUCACAUCUAUCCCGGACUCAUUGGGCGGGCCGUUCGCAAGCGUACUGUCGUCUUUGCAAAGACAGAACGGAGCCAAAGCUACGUUAGUAAAGACCAGCAUGUUCUAAUGGAGCUCCCCGACGGAGGAGGAGGAAGAAGAGCCUGAGCAGAGGAGGAGAGACGCUCCUCGUCCCUCCGGAGACUGAAAAGCAAUUCCCCAAGACAGACUGAAGGACAAUAAAACGCAGUUAAAAAAGAAGACGACAACUCUCUUAUUUUAUUUUUAUGCCUUGCACAGUUCCUUGUGGUCAGUGGACACUUUUGCUGUAGAAAUAUCCAUCUUGACAAGUCAUACUAUCCAUUAUUACAACGCAGAUUUCUGCAAGGGUAGAGACAUGUUUCAGGUCACGCCUUGAAGCUGAAAUCCUGAAACAAGAGAGAGAGAGGGCAUGUUGCUGUUCUUGAAUCAACAAAUGACACCUCUGUUGAUGCGUAAAUUCAGAAACCGAUAAAAAAAACAAAAAACACCGAAGAAUGAAUAUUUGAUGAAGUGACUUGCUAAGAUGAACAUUUUUUUGCGCCAAAAUUUACAAGCAAACACACAAGUCUGCGCACUGGAAACGCGUUGUGCCAUCAGUGCGCAAACGGAGCCUCGUUAAGUCACAAUUAAUGUCAGAGUUCAACAGCUGCUUUGUCCGGUAGAGAGACGUUUGAUAAACCAUGACUGAGGAUGCUCUCUCACAAACCCCACGCUGUGACACAACAAACUAUCCAACAAGACGCAUUGCGCUUUUCUGUUCUCUGCAGAGACGAUCUGCCUCUGACAGCUGUGGUGUUGUUUUUGUUUUGUUUUUUUAAUUCCAGGGCUUGCUGAGAGUUUAGUUUCUUGAAAUUAUCGAUAUAAAAACAAUUAUUUCCUCGAAGAAAAAAAGGCACAAACUACUGCAAUGUUCAUCUCCGACAGGAAAAAUCUGUAUGUUUUGUGUGUCUUUCUACGGCAGUGUUUUUUGUGGCUCAAAUUGUAAAGUGUUAAUAAAACGUAUUCUUGUCUCCUAUAGUUGAACCAUAGGCCAUACUCCCUCGUAGAUCGAUCAUACAAGUCUUUUGGAUGUUUUACAAAGUUCCCUCGGAAGAAUUUAUUUUGGGUAUAAAAAAGGGAAUGGAUGCAAACAUUGUAUUUAUUUCGAUAUUAUUUGCAUGUUGUCUCUCUGUCUGAUUUUACAAUGAUUUUUUGUUUUCCUCUCUCCAUUUUGUGAGCAUUAUGUAACUUGUUUUGUCCCGGAUCUGAAAGUUAUUUAUAUGUAGGUAAUGAAUGCUUAUAUUUAAGAAGGAAAUAUUUCUACAUGUGCACAUAGUUUUCCAGGUGUACCAUUGAAAUGGUUGUUGAUGAUAAAAAACAAAUAAUAGUCCAAGA